GGGGGCGUGGGGGAGUUUGUCACCGGCGGCGGUGGCGGCGGCAGCGCGCGAGGCGGGCGGGCCGGGCGCUCCUUGCCGCCGAGGCCGCCAUGGCGGGGGCGCUGGCCCGAAAGGCCGCGGACUAUGUGCGCAGCAAGGAGUUCAGGGACUACCUGAUGAGUACGCACUUUUGGGGGCCAGUUGCCAACUGGGGACUUCCUGUUGCUGCUUUUAAUGAUAUGAAGAAAUCUCCAGAAAUCAUUAGUGGCCGAAUGACAUUUGCACUGUGUUGUUACUCCUUGACUUUUAUGAGAUUUGCCUACAAAGUGCAGCCAAGGAAUUGGCUUCUUUUUGCAUGCCAUUUGACUAAUGAAGUUGCACAACUUAUUCAAGGAGGACGACUGAUCAAAUACAGAUUGGAGAAAAAGAACUAAAUACGUAACUUGAAAUAAGCCAGGGAAUGUGUUCAUCCUGAAUUACAACCAAGGAAGACUUGCCAUCUACAGUUGCUGUGAUAGUUACAAUGGGGAUAAAACAGAAACAUCUGUUAUGAAUGUGACCCCACCAAGAAUCCUUCACUAUUUUCAUUUUAUCUUGACAAAAAAGUACUAUUCAGCAACAUAAACCAUUGCAUUUAAGGUUUUGCUGCCUUACAGGUCCUUAAUAACUACCUUUUUAAUAAAGACUUAGUAAUCCAAAUAAUAAGCAGUAUUUGAAAACCAACUUUUUUAGCUAACAGUCUAAAAAAAAUAGCCUGUGAUUUGACAAAACCUGUAUCCAAAUCAACAUGAACAUCAACAGAACUGUAGGUGGUAUCACUGUUCCAUGUAUUAACAUUCUUAAAAGCCAUUUAACUUGGGUGCAUUCAUUCCUAGUGUCUUUUUUUUUUUUGUAAUUUAAGCAAUGGCUUGCUAAUCUACAAGAAUAAAUGUGUAGGUAGGCAGCCUGGAAGUGACCAGCUAUCUCUCUUCCCUUGCUGCAUGCCUUGACUCAGUAAAGAGACUUCAUUAACACACAUUUUUAAGUGGCACAUUAUUUAAAGAAGACUCAGAAAAACAAAAGCAUAGCACUGAAUGAAGGAAGCAAUGAAGUCUGUUACUGUUCUUUAAAGAGAUCUAAAUGGAUUUUAUUUUCCUACUGUUUGAGUUGUUCUAGAUGUAUGUAAUCCUUAACAGGCAAAAACUUAACUUGUUUGGGAUCUUAAGAACUGAAGGACACCAGGUUCCAUUUCAGUAGUUUUUUACUUCAUUAGGAGGGUGGUUUUCCCACAUAACCUGCCUGAAAGUUACGUUGAUGUAAAGGUACAGGUGACAAAGAAUGUAUGUGAUGGACUUUAUUUCAGUGCAGUGUUUUUGAACAAUAAAAAUGUUCCAAAUGGCAAUAAAUACCUUCAACAUUUUGAA